AUGUCAAGUGGGACUUCGUCCGGGUCAAGCCAGGGGACCCAGAGUUCUAGGUCGGAGGAUGACCUGGAUCUCCAGGCCCAGAUGGAGAAGAGGAGGAAGCGAAGGAAGGAGUCGAACAGGGAGUCAGCUCGGAGGUCUAGGCUAAGGAAGCAACAACACCUUGACGACCUCACCUCACAGGUAAAUCAGCUGAAGGACCAGAACAAGCAGCUGAGCAUGGCACUGAGCAUAACCAGCCAGAACCUUGUGGCAGUGCAAGCACAAAACUCUGUUCUGCAGACCCAGAAGAUGGAGCUGGACAGCAGGCUGGGUGCCCUGACAGAUAUCCUCUGGUACAUGAACUCAAGCACCAGCACCAGCACUGGUCCUACAAAUCCAGCCAUGGUGAACAGCUUCACAACAUGGAGCAGCGACUCUGAUAUUCUUGGUGCCAGCGCAUGGAACCAGCAGCAGCCCAUAGACCUGUACCAAUGCUUCUAG